AUGAUGAUGAUGUGUUUUAAUAAUAAGAAUAGGAGUAGUGUGGUAUUAAUUGGGUUGGUGGUUAUGGUGUUGAAUAGCUUGGUUUUUGAAGGGAUAGAGUGUUUGGACUAUGGAGAAGCACUGACCAAGUCACUGUUGUUCUAUGAAGGCCAACGCUCUGGAAGGCUUCCUCCCAACCAGAGAGUUCAAUGGCGCGGUGAUUCCGCUCUUCAAGAUGGUUCUGCUAAUCAAAGCAUACAAAACCUUGUUGGAGGUUACUACGACGCUGGAGACAAUCUGAAACUAGGGUUUCCAAUGGCGUUUACAAUAACAAUGCUGUCAUGGAGCACAAUAGAGUACUCAAAGCAGCUCAAGGCAAAGAAUGAGUUUAACAACGCAGUGAACGCCAUCAAAUGGGGGACCGAUUACUUGAUGAAAGCUCAUCCAACGGCUGACGUUCUUUAUGGAGAAGUGGGUGAGUCUGAUUCGGACCAUCAGUGCUGGCAGAGACCCGAAGACAUGACCACUCUAAGGACCAUUUACAUGAUCGACGACCACCAUCCUGGCUCUGAUCUUGCUGCCGAAACUGCCGCUGCUUUCGCUGCGGCUUCCAUUGUUUUUAGGUCUAUUCACAUGAUCGGAUAUUCUUUCCAACUUCUAAACCAUGCAAAACAGCUCUUCGCGUUUGGUCAAAAGUCUCCUGGUAUUUAUCAAACCAGUAUACCUGACGCAGGAAAAGUCUAUGCCAGUAGUGGAUAUCAGGAUGAGAUGUUAUGGGCAGCUGCAUGGCUUUAUCGAGCUACGUCGAAGCAAGAAUACCUUGACUACCUUUCAAGCUCAUCAGACAGCGGUGGCGUUAGAACCACCUUCUCCUGGGACGACAAAUACGUGGGCGCACAGGUUCUGGUUGCAAAGCUUCUAAUGGACGGCAAAGCGGGCUCAGCCGCCGCCGCACUGGGGCGGUACAAGCAACAGGCGGAGGAGUUCAUAUGCUCCUGCGUUGGCAAAGGAAGCAACAACUUCAAGAGGACUCCCGGUGGUUUUCUUUGGUUUCUGCCAUGGAAUAACGCUCAGUACGUAGCCACUGCAACUUUCGUCACCUCUGUUUACUCCAACUAUCUCACUGCCACCGGCGCCACCCUUCAGUGCUCCGGUGGCUCCGUUACCCCCUCCGAUCUCACCAGCACUGUCCAAUCACAGGUGGAUUAUUUAUUGGGUUCAAACCCAUUAAAAAUGAGUUACAUGGUUGGAUUUGGGUCAAACUAUCCACAGCAAAUUCACCACAGAGCAGCAUCUAUAGUAUCAAUCAAGAAGGAUCAGACACCAGUGAGCUGCAAAGGUGGGUUCGACGAGUGGUUCAAUAAAAACGCACCAAACCCAAAUGUGUUGGACGGUGCAAUAGUCAGCCCUGACGAGAACGAUGCCUAUUCCGACUCCCGCUCUAACUUCCAACAUGCAGAGCCAACAACAGUCACUAAUGCGCCUCUCGUUGGAGUUUUUGCUCACUUAGCUUAACUAA